UAUAUAUUCAGGUGUUCAUUUUUUUGUGUGUGUGUGUCUGCGUAAAAUUCAAUUGCUCCAAGGAACCAAGGUAUGAUGCAAUCGAAUGAUAAAAGCCGACUACGGCAACAAACAACAACAACGACGACGACGACGACGAAUAUUCGAAAUAAAAUCGAUUUCUGCCAAAUGUCUGCAUUUAAACAAUUUAAAAGCCCAUUUUAUUGUGUUAUUAGUAAUGAUGAAUGUGAUUUCAUUUGUCAUACUAUAUUUAUAAUGGCAACGUCGGAUUAUUUUCGCGGAAUGUUGGAUCAAACAGAAGAUGAAUAUGAAUAUGGUGAGAUAAAAAAUGGUAUCGACUAUCGACGAAAGAUUCCAAGGAUUUAUGUGAAGCGAUUUGAUAGCCAUUCAUUGGAAUCAUUCAUCAAAUUUGCCUAUAUGUUACGAUUGGAUCAUAUUGAUUCGAUAAUGAUGAAAAAGUUACUUGAAUUUAGUUCAUAUAUCAACUGUAUAGAAAUGAUGAAUUAUUUGGAAAUGAAAAGUAAAGAAUUCAAUCUACACUGAGCUGAGUAUAAUAAAGCUGGUUGAAGUGUGCAUUCAAUUGAAAAAUAAAUAAAAAAAAAAAAAAAUUCCAGAUAAAAAAAUACAACUCUUGUUGAUGAUGAUAAUUUCACCGUCACACUCAUAUUUCUUGGACAAUAUUUUGAAAUCCGGAAAUGUUCAACAUUCUACUAUCGUAAACAAAUUGAUGAAAUGUUGAAACAUAGGAAUUUUCGAUUGUUAAUGACAUAAUGAUAUUCUCAUUCGAGAGACAACAAAUGGAUAGUGAGCAGUGACGACGAAUACAAGUUUUAAUUUCAUUUCAGCUUCUGUAGCAUUUUUAAAAGCACAGGAUCAUUAAUUGUUGAAAACAUUGUCUAUAUAUAUUGAGAAUCCGUUUAUAAUGGAUUCGUUUAUCCUACUCAUUCCGAUUCUUGUGA